CAAUUUUUUCUUUUUCUUUUUAAAUAAAAACUAAAUUACUUUCUUCACAUUCGUUUUCCUCUUGGGGCCAUUCAAGGGACAGCAAAAACACUGGAAAUUACAUUGCCCAUGAAAAGUCUAUGAGGUAGUGCUGUAAAUGUCCAUUACCUCUGUUGAACUUUGUGAGUGUGAGAUAAGGACAAGCUGUUCUUGGCAGGGGUAGUCAAAACACCAAGAGAGCUGUAUCUAAUCACCCCCAUUUGCAGGAGAUUGUUUUCUGUUCACUGUCUGUGUUUAAGAACCAGUGCUUCAUGUUUUUAGUCCGUCACUUGUUAAGACGCUGCACUGUGGAUUUGAUUCUUUGCUGCACGUUAAACAUUGCUUUGACUUGAGAGACGACUCUGUUGAAGCAGUUAGGACUCCACUGAAUCAUUUUCCUAACAUCUGCUCAGCAGGUUCUCUCAUUUAACCCCUGCCUUUUAUCACUUAUUCAUGCUCCAUCCCAGCUCGUGAGACAGGAGCUGAGAUUAUUCCAACACACGAUAUGAUGAUAAGGAGUAAACCAGUCCUGAGAAAAUCUCUGAAGUGCCCCUGUGAUGAUAAGUUGGACCAAUCAGCAGACUUUGUGCUUGCUUAAUCAUUAGUUACUCAGUCUAAUCUUGCAUUAGGACAUUUCAAAACGUUCUUUUCCUGCUUAUAAAAGUACUCCCACAUGCAAUAUUUGCAAGGUUAUAAUGAAUGUCACAGCCUUGUUCAGCCUUGUGCAUUUUUUUACAUGUUAGACAUUAAAUUGGGGUUAAUUCCACUUUGUCCACGUUAAUAGGUUUAGACAGCUGUGUACAUAUUCUAUAACGCUCGUCUGCCCUACACUGCAGGAGGCAUUGGCAGUACUGCUGAGGCAGCGGGAUGAUGCAGCUUAGCUCCAGCUGGAGAAGAUAUCCCCUCUAAAGCUUUUUCCCUUUGCGUUGGCUGCUUAGUGUUAGGUAAAGUAUGCGGACUACGAACAUUGCUUUAAAAGGAAAUUUUUUGCGCCUCAUCUUUGGCAUGGAAUGACACAGAGUGUGCCUUCAGGUUAGUCUGUUUCAAAUAUAAUCUGGAAGUUGUUUUGUCUUUUCUUUUCUUUUUUUCACUGGGAGGAAAACAGCUGGAAAUGUGUUUCACUGCGUGACAGUAUUUGUUAAAAAUGGCCUCAGCUCUGUGGCAACAUUUCUUGGAUAUUUGUGACUAUUUAAAAGUUCAUUUUCUUGAGCUUGAAUUUAUGUUUAGAGCCCGCAUUCUGCUCAGUGUGACAUAGCCUACACUUGAAACCCAAUAAUAAGAUCUAAAUCAUGUGUGAGGAUCUUCUCUUAUGUCCUCAGUGGAAGAACCGUGACAUCCAAAUGAUCGUAAUCAUGCUGUGCUAGUGUUUAUUGCCUUUGCACUUCUGUAAUGUUUCCCAGAAGAGACUCUAGUUUGGAAAGCAGAUCGUGCCCUAGAUCCACUGGGACGACAGUGAGCGUGGGAACCAUGGGACCCCCCGGGACUACCCAAGACGGGACAAGAGGACGGCGACCGUCUACUCCCUAUCAAGCAAAAUCUAUCAUGGUUGUCCAUUCAACACCAUCAGGGGAGAAAAUGCAGUGCGAGAGCUAUUUAAUAAAUACAGACGCAGACAGACCACUUCCUCUGCCAGACAUCAUGCCAGGGACUUUUCCUGAGCUUGCAACAGCAAAGCGACGCCACAAAAGUACAACAGACAUCCCGUACCGGGGAAAUGUGUGCUUGCUUCCGCCGUCACCUCUUGGUUUCACAGACACAGAGCAAAAUUUCUUGCGCAGAUGCUCAUUAAGAGAGACCAAGAGUGUUUCACGCUCCCCCCGUCAUGCCCUCAGCGUGCCCGACAUGGGCUCUAACGGCCCCCUUAGGACCUUCAACAACAGUCCUAUCCACAGCACCCCACUCUCACCAGCGCAAAGCAACAUAUCCAGUCCCGCCAGAGAGAUAGAGAGGCUGGCCAAAGCCCGGAGUAAACUCCUGGAGAGUGAGAGCAACCAAACACCGACGCUUCCCCCAGAAACCAGGGAGCAACUUCGCUAUGUCUCCAAGGAUGGAAAGUGUCGCGUCAAUCUGUGUCACAUCUCUGAGAGGGGCCGCUUCCUGUCUGAUAUCUUUACCUCUUUUGUGGACCUCCAGUACCGCUGGUUCCUGUUUGUUUUCAUGAUGUGUUACAUCACCACCUGGUUCUUGUUUGCCGGGCUCUACUUCUUUAAUGCUUACUUUCGAGGUGAUCUCGCACAAGAGCGACAGCUUAACACCUCUGAGGACCCCUUCGUAGACCAAACACCCUGCUACUUAGGUGUAAAUGACUUUAUCUCAGCUCUGCUCUUCUCGGUGGAGACACAACGCACUAUUGGCUAUGGCUCCCGCACUGUUUCUCCAACCUGCCACGAGGGUGUGCUGUUGGUUAUGAUCCAGUGCAUUGUUGGGUCCAUGAUAGACGCCCUCAUGGUGGGGUGCAUGUUUGUUAAAAUAUCCCGCCCUAAGAAGCGAGCAGAGACACUUCUUUUUAGUCGCACUUGCGUGAUUGCAAACCGAGAUGACCAACUGUGUUUGAUGUUCCGUCUGGGAGACCUGAGAGAAAGUCACAUGGUGGACGCAAAGGUUCGUGCAAAGUUGAUUAAGUCCCGCCAAACAGCUGAGGGCGAGUUCUUGCCCCUUGAGCAAACUGAAAUCGAUCUUGGCUAUGAGACUGGAUCAGACAGACUUUUCCUGGUGGAGCCUCAAGUCAUACAGCAUAACAUCGACUCAAACAGUCCGCUGUGGGAACUGGGCCCGGAGCAGCUUAGACGCCAACAGUUUGAGAUAAUCGUCAUCUUGGAGGGAAUUGUUGAGGCGACAGGUAUGAUGUGCCAAGCCAAAACAUCUUACAUCGAAACAGAGAUCGAGUGGGGCGCUCGCUUUGAACCCUGCAUGACGCUGGAGAAAGGUUCGUUCAGAGUGGACCUGCGUCGGUUCCACACCACUUACCAGGUGCCACUGCCUCACUGCAGUGCCAGCCAGGCCAACCAGCUACUCACUCUGUCGGACCAUAAGCUCCAAAGCCAAAAAUCCGGCCGAGACUGGGAAACCUGGACCGAAGGAACGACGGAAGACGACAAAUCCAAGCAGCCGCCUCACGGAGGAUUCAUUAUUGAUAACAUUCAGGAGGAGAGGAUGUCUGAAACGAAUGAAAGCGAAGGGAGUGCAGAAAAAAGCAUGCCGUAGCGAGAGCGUCUGAAGGACAUUUUGCACUUUUUGUAUUGGCUUGUACGGUAAAUUAUUUAUCAGUGAGAAGCUCGUGGAUGGGCCUUUUGACACCGAUGCAACAGCAGUGUAAAUUACACAAUCAUCCCCAAAUAUUGCAACAACUCCAGUAACUUUCCUAGUCUAGCACUGUGUGCAGUUUUACUGGUGAAUGCUGGCAGAUUUACUCCAAAUUGUGAGUAAUUUUUUAAAAACAAUACACCAACUCACAGCAUGAGUCAUCUUGGAGCACCAAUUCAAUUCUAGAGAAAAAGCCAAUAAAUCUAAUCCCUUUUAGGCAAGAAAACUUAACAGGAAGAAACCACCCGUAGAACCAAGCUCAGCGAGGGCGGCGAUCUGCCUCGACUGGUUGGGGUGAGGGUGAAGCAGAGAGACAAACAAUGCACAAGAGAGCAGUUGACACUGGAGAUGUUGGUGAGGUCAUAGAUACACUGAGAGUGAAGCAGAGUGGUGAUCAGUGCAAGUCUGGGCCUAAAGGAGCAGAACUCAGGAAUGGUUCAGGACCACAGGAGCAGCCCGAACCAGAAGCUUAAUCAAAAACAGGACGCUUAAGCCUCCCCAGCUCGUUCCACAGUAGAAGGUUCUGCUUCCAAUUCUGCUCUUGGAAUCUCAAAGAACCACAAGUAAGCCUGCAAUUAAAGCAAAGUGCUCUAUUAGGAUGCUAUGCUACUUAGUCACUAAACACUUUGCAUGUAAAGGGGAGGAUUCUAUUCUGGAUUUUACAAGGAGCCAAUGUAAAGGUGCUAACAUAGUAAAAAAAAAAACAAAAAAACCUCUUUUUUCCAGUCAGCUAGUUGGAAAAACUGACUGAGCCUUCAAUGUUUCCAGCUGACUUGUUUAAUACACUAGAAUCCUCUAAAAGGAUCGGCAUUCAACAUGAACCUGAGGCCUCCACACAGUACCGUGCUACAUAUACUGAGGCUGAAAGAUAAGCUGAUGAUCUGUAGCUGAAGACAUGUGGAUCAGUAAACAAAUGUAUUUACGUCAUUGUGUUAAAGUGAGCAGAUAGUUAAUGUGUUAUUUGAGGGGAUAAACAAAAAUCAUUCAUUCUAGCAUGAGCCAGUGACAAGUUGUUUGGUGUUCUGAAAACACAAAACUAGCUGUGGAUUGUUGUAGAACCUUUAUAGUUUGUUCAUGAUGUGCUGGCCUUGGAAACAACAGUCCUUUUGCACUGCUGCUGAUGUUUGAUCAGUGAAUCUGAGACACUCACAGCACGUAAAUACACAGGUCAGUCCAUCCAGAACAGUUUUGCGAAUGAGUUUUCGAUUGAGGAAAGGAUUUUUAAAAAAAAGACGCUACAAACUGGAUACGUUGAUUUCAGAGCGUACAAAAUGGUUUGCUGCUUCGGUUUUAGGGUCCUGGUGUUGGUCCAUGCUGUCAAGGUCUACUGGGACACAUGGGUAGAUGUUUAUAGUACAUAGAUCAGGGGACGGCAGUUCGACACCCCUGACAUAGAUAAACCAUCUUGGUAGUGAUAUUAGUGCCUUUGCCUACUAUGAUGCAUCAACAUGUUAUCUUUGAGAUGCCGGAUGAUUGCAUCAGUGAAGCUCCCAGCGCACAAACCAGAAAUCCCAAAAUAGUGAUUGCUCAUAUCAUCCAUAGAUGAAGCUUUAUAUGCGCCACGAUGCACAUUCACACACAAAGACACAGAGUCGAGUUUCCGUCACUUCAGAAGGCAUAACUUUGAACUGCUACCUGUCUAACCCUGACCAUAAGCUUUGGAGAUUUUAUUUUAUGUCCCUCAAAAUGAUGAUGAAUCUUCACAAUGUGACUGUGCAAACACAUUUAUGUAAUCACACUAUUACAUUUUCUCGUGCAAAUAAAGGGCCUUUAGAGAGGAAUACCAGUAAGCUCCGUCCUUCAUAAAAAGGAAAUUAAAUCAGCUCAAGCUAAGACUGUAGUUUGUUCCACCAGUAAAGCCAUAACAAAAAAA